GUCAGGAGCAUGCUCUUCAGCAGGGUGACUCUACUAUUGAUGACUUCUAUGCACAGAGUUCUGCUAUCUGGCGUCAGCUUGAUUCUCUCCGCAGUGCUGGUUGUCGUACUUGCCCCUGUUGCCAGGCUGUCCAGACCAAUUUGGAGUUUCAUCGCGUCUACGAGUUCCUGUCUCGGCUCCGUAAGGAGUUUGAGCCCCGGCGUGCUCAGUUGUUUGCUCGUGGCCGUAUUUCUCUCAUGGAGGCGCUUUCAGAGAUUCGUGCUGAGGAGACUCGCUUACGUGGUGCUGGUUUGCUGGAGGUUCCCUCUGUGCUCGCUACUCGGGCUUCUUCCACUCCACCUGCUGCACCGACCCAUUCUCGCUCGAGUGCUCCGCCGCUCUUGCCCACUCCUUCUGGAGGCUCAGGUCGCCCCCGUCCACAUUGUGACUACUGCAACAAUGAUGGUCACAUUGAGUCCCAGUGCUACACAAAGCGGAAACACCUGCGCAAGGCGCGAUCAUCAUCCUCAGGGACUUCGUCAUCUCCCUCGACAGCUUCAGCCAUUGCUUUGACUGAGCAGGAUAUUCUGAGACUUAAGCGUCUGCUCGCGGCUUCAGGUUCUUCCUCGACGGGUACUGCUGGUUCUGUGACUGAUGCUUCCCGCACUAAGCAACCGCCCUCUACACAGUCAGGACCGUCGCACGCACACUCUGGUUGGGGCUGGCCCUCGCCGCCGUGAUUCUCAGGGUCUUUGGGAGUUGGACUGGCUUCAUGUUCCUUCCGCUGCCACCACCAUCGCCAGUUCCUCCGCUUCUGUCGCCUCUGUUACUGGUUCCUUCAAGCAGUGGCAUCAUCGACUUGGUCAUCUGUGUGGUUCUCGGUUGUCGUCUUUAGUUCGUCGAGGUCUUCUGGGGUCUGUCUCA